AAAAAAAAUUCAAAAAAGAAUAACAGAUCGAAGAAAAUACAAGCAGAAGCACAAGCUCCCCACUGAAUCUCGAAUCUUUUCUUCUUUUUAGCUAAAUCUCUCUUUUUUUUCAUUUUUCAUUUUUGCUUUUAAGAUCUCUUCCAAUGGUUUCGGCAAUUUCAAUUGAUUUAGUGCCCUUUUAUUAAGAGCUAAUUUGAUCCAAUUUUUUGAAAAAAAAAAUGAGAAGCAACGGUGGGUCUGGAGAAUCAGCUUCAACUCAAUCACCACGAAACCCUAGCUCACAAAAAGCAGAGAGGCCACCGGUACUGAAGAAGUUCAAACCUAUAGAACCGGAUGAUCCGCGGCCCACACCACACUUUCCGGGUCCUCUUUUCCCCGCCGUUCGUCGCGUCACCAGUCUUCCACCGUCGUCAAAUCGACGUGCCUCGUUUGAUACCGAUGCUGAUAAGCCGAGUAGCGUAGGAGAUGUUACUGCCAGUAAUCUUAAUAACAUUGAUGUUGUGAAUAGUUUAUCAGAUAGGGAUUGGAUGUAUCCUUCAUUUCUUGGCCCUCAUGCGGCGAGGAAUCGGGUGAUGACGGUUAAAGCGGCGUCGAGGCAGCCGAUUCGAGGAGGUGGGGAACGAUUAGUGGAUAGGGUUGAAAGUAAGGUGGUGGAUGAGAAGCAGCAAAGUAACACUCCUGUCAACAAGGAGGAAGUCAAAAUCGUGGCGAGUCAAGUUUCUACGACGAUGACUGAGAGGAGUUCGGUGAGUUCGUGGAGUGCGAGGAGGAUUCUACGGGUGAAAUUGAAGCGUUAUUUCAUCUUUUCAGUGAUCAUUUUCAGUUGUAUAUAUCCUUUAACUUAUGUAAUUCAUCUGCGGAAUAAAGUUGAAAGACUAGAGGUAGAGAAUAUUAACCUUCGUCGAUGGUGUAGUGAAACCGAUGUUGGUAACUACAGCAAUGAAGUUUUGCAGCCUGAAGAUGAUAGUUCAUAUAAAAUUUUUGGUAAUGCUGACAGUAAAACUGUUGCUUUAUAUACCGUGAUGUUCACCCUCAUGAUGCCUUUUGUGCUGUACAAAUGUCUUGAUUAUCUUCCGCAAAUAAAGAUUCUAUCCAAAAGAACAAAGCCUAACAAGGAGGAGGUUCCCUUGAAGAAGAGAAUUGCAUAUAUGGUGGAUGUUUGUUUCUCUGUAUAUCCUUAUGCAAAGCUGCUUGCACUCCUUUUUGCAACGAUAUUUCUUAUAGGAUUUGGUGGCUUGGCAUUGUAUGCUGUCACUGAUGGAAGCCUUACUGAAGCUCUUUGGCUUUCAUGGACAUUUGUGGCUGAUUCUGGCAAUCAUUCUGAUAGUAUUGGAAUUGGUCCUAGGAUUGUGUCUGUCUCUAUAAGUUCUGGAGGCAUGCUGAUAUUCGCAAUGAUGCUAGGGCUCGUCUCAGAUGCUAUCUCAGAAAAGGUUGAUUCACUCCGAAAAGGAAAGAGUGAAGUCAUUGAAAAGAACCAUAUGCUAAUUCUUGGAUGGAGUGACAAAUUGGGAUCACUUUUGAAGCAACUAGCAAUAGCGAACAAAAGUAUUGGGGGUGGAGUGGUUGUAGUACUUGCAGAAAGAGACAAGGAGGAAAUGGAGAUGGAAAUAGCUAAGCUGGAAUUUGAUUUUAUGGGAACAUCUGUCAUAUGCAGGAGUGGAAGUCCUCUGAUUCUUGCUGAUUUAAAGAAGGUCUCUGUAUCGAAAGCACGUGCCAUUAUUGUCUUGGCAACUGAUGAAAAUGCAGAUCAGAGUGAUGCACGUGCCUUGAGGGUUGUGCUCAGUCUAACUGGAGUAAAGGAGGGUUUGAGAGGUCAUGUUGUGGUUGAAAUGAGUGACCUUGACAAUGAGCCCCUGGUAAAGCUUGUUGGAGGAGAUCUCAUAGAAACUGUUGUUGCACAUGAUGUGAUUGGUCGCUUGAUGAUACAGUGUGCCCUGCAACCUGGCCUUGCACAGAUAUGGGAGGAUAUAUUGGGGUUUGAAAAUGAUGAGUUUUACAUCAAAAGGUGGCCUGAAUUGGAUGGUAUGCAGUUUGAAGAUGUGCUCAUUUCAUUUCCUGAUGCAAUUCCUUGUGGAGUCAAGGUUGCUGCAGAUAAUGGGAAGAUAAUCCUAAAUCCAGAUGAUAGUUAUGUACUAAAAGAAGGGGAUGGAGUCCUUGUUAUAGCCGAGGAUGAUGACACUUAUUCUCCUGGUCCUCUUCCAGAGGUACGUAGAGUUAGCUUCCCAAAAGUACCUGAACUUCCGAAAUAUCCCGAGAGGAUACUGUUCUGUGGCUGGCGGCGUGAUAUUCAUGAUAUGAUUAUGGUUCUGGAGGCAUUUCUCGCCCCGGGUUCAGAACUGUGGAUGUUCAACGAGGUUACAGAAAAAGAAAGAGAGAGGAAACUGAUUGAUGGUGGACUUGAUAUUUCUGGAUUAGAGAACAUAAAACUCGUCCACCGUGAGGGAAAUGCCGUCAUUAGAAGGCACUUAGAAAGCCUGCCUUUGGAGACUUUUGAUUCUAUUUUAAUUCUUGCAGAUGAAUCACUGGAGGACUCUGUAGUGCAUUCAGACUCUAGAUCUCUUGCCACCCUUCUCCUUAUUCGAGACAUACAGUCGAAACGUCUCCCUUACAGAGAUACAAAGUCAACUUCUUUACGGCUUGCUGGAUUCACUCACAGCUCUUGGAUUCGUGAAAUGCAGCAAGCUUCAGAUAAAUCAAUCAUCAUUAGUGAAAUUUUGGACUCUAGGACAAGGAACCUGGUUUCAGUCUCGAGAAUCAGUGACUAUGUGCUUUCAAAUGAGCUUGUAAGCAUGGCACUGGCAAUGGUGGCUGAAGACAAGCAAAUAAAUCGUGUUCUUGAGGAGCUUUUUGCAGAGGAGGGGAACGAAAUGUGUAUCAAACCAGCAGAAUUCUACUUAUUCGACCAGGAAGAGUUAUGCUUUUAUGAAAUAAUGAUCAGGGGUCGGCAAAGACAAGAAAUCAUCAUCGGCUACCGCCUUGCAAACUCCGAACGUGCAAUUAUCAACCCUCCAAAAAAAUCAGAACAAAGAAAAUGGUCUCUCGAUGAUGUUUUCGUUGUCAUCUCAUCCGGUUCUUGAAUAGGGCGGAUAGGUUACUUCCCUCCGCCGUUGUGCUAUUAGCUGUUAUCCUCCUUAACCCAUCUAUAUAUAUAUAUAUAUUUACACUUGCAUUUUCAACCAUAACUAGAGAAUUUUACCGACAAAAAAUAUCUUCAUGACACAGUUAGGUAGAAAGCCUUAAUGUCAUGAUUCAACGCAACAAUUAUGUUGCAAGAUCGGGGAUUUCUUUUUUAUAAAAGGUGAUAGCAAAUGAAUCCAUUGACGGUA